ACGUGUCCGUCUGGGCAAGCUUCUGGACUCGUCUGACUCUGAAUCUGCCGGAACGCUCUGAGGGUGUUUGCUCUGUUCCUGUUUGGGUCGGAACCUCGGAUCAAGCGGAGGUUUUCUGAAUUCCUGAACUGUUCCAGCCUGCUCUGUCUUCCCCAGACCUGGAUCAGCUUCCUGCAAGUUCUCCGGUGCUGCAGCAUCAGGGACGCUCCGAGUGAUGCACGCCGUGUCUGGCUGUCAGCCCAUCGGCUGGAUGGCACCUUUCUAAGGAGAUGGACUAAACUGUGAAACCAGCCCCACGCUGCUCGAAGAUGACGCGGGGACUGGAUGCACGGCACGCGGGCUGGAUCCAGACUAACCUGGGAUAAAAAGUUCAACUGACCCGACAGUUCUUAAAGUUUGGGUCCCAAGAGACGGCAGAGAGUCCGGGAUUCAGAGAGAGGAGCGCCGGGGAGAGGAGGCGCACCGAGCCGCGCAAAGAGCUUCAGAGGAGAGGUCCUCAGUGAUGCUGCUGCCGCGGCCCUCUGUCCUGUCCGCGCUCCUCCUCCUCUUCAUCCUCCUGCAUACCCCGGGAAGCUGCCAAGCUGCAUCCCGGCACAGAGGCCCCGGGCCCCGGGCGGAGGGGCGCAGGAACCGCCACAGUUUGGCGCAGCUGAUCGGUCGGUCCCAGAGGGGCCCGGUGGGGCCGAGCGGGCGCGAACCAACCAGUCCGAAAAGACCGAACCGGUCCAACCACGAAGCUCACCUCAUUGAUCCGAAGCACAAGGAAAAGUUCAUCAUACAUUUAACAGGUCCUCUCUACUUCAAGCCACAGUGCCGGAAGCUGUUCCACCGCCUGUACAACACCACCAGGGACUGCACUGUACCCGCCUUCUAUAAAAGAUGUGCUCAUCUGCUGACUCGACUGGCCAAAAGCCCUCGCUGUGCCGAGAGAUAAACAGAAACGAUACG